AUGCAGCUGAGCUGGUUGGUAACAGUUUUAGCAGAUGGAAAAAGUUUCUUGUUCAUCUGUUCAGAGUCAGGUGGCGGGAAACACAGAAAAGGUCAGGCGAGAGAGGUCACAAGACGGUCAGGGGGUCUGACGGUCGAGUCUGAGGCAGGGUCAAGGUCCAGGUCCAGGACGCCCUCUCUCAGGCGGAAGAAAGUUGAGAAGAAGACGAUUGGGAUUCAGACAGAUGAAGUGUUUGAGUUGGAGGUUGAGGAAGAGAGGAUGGAGGUCGGGCGGGGCCCCGGGGUGUUGGAGGAGGCGCGGGAAGGCGCCAGGGGCUUGGGGGCCCAAGAGGAGGGGACUUACGGGGUGGGAGGAAGGCGCCAGAAGAAAACGAAAAAGAAGGCCAUCACCAUCGUCGAGCCCCCGGAUGUGUUCGCAAAGAGGGAGGACCCGCCUCCUCCUGCCAGGCAGAGGAAGGAGGAAGUGGAGGCCGGUCCCCGCGAGGCGGCGGCCGAGAGCAAGAAGCCAAAAAAGACGAAGAGCAAGUCCAGCAAAGCCAAAGCCAAAGAGGGAGCGCCUCCGGAGGCCGUUCCAGCUCCAAAGGCUAAAGCUGCGGAGAGGCAGGAACAGAGACCCAGCAGAAGGACUGAGGAUAUUCCAUUAAGUCCAGCUGCUCCCAGGAUGGAAAAGAGUGUGAAAGACAAGGGCAGUAAGGUGUCCAUGGCCAUGCAGACGGAGGAUGCUGUGGAGAACAUCUUCUCAGACAGAUCCAUAUUCCUGACAGACGACUUGGACACAAGCACCGAUUGGCGGGAGGAAAGCUCAGUAGACUGGCAGACAAGUGCAAGUUCUUUGGCAUGGCAGACAGACAGAAGUUCCUUUGCAUGGCAAACAGAUGCAAGUUCAGGUAAUAAAUAUACUGGAGAUAAUUCUUUUGCACUAGAAUCCUGUGAAGAGCCGGAAAAUGAUCAGGAUCUCCUUAACAUGGACGUCUUUUUAAUUCGAGAUCGAAGGAACAAAGACUCCUCAAGACAUAACAUGAACCAAAAUGCUGCUCAAGAAAGUGAGAACGAAACCAAUCAAAACGUCCAGUGGGAUGGCGGAGGGCCUCGUUCCAGCGAUCUGAAAAAUUACAAACCACAGGGAAAGGCUGAUGCAAAAGAGGUUAAGCACAAAGGGAAAACACGACAAUCAGAUAAAGAGGAAAUAGAGGGGAAACAAAGACUGGGCGAAGAAAAGAACACACGUAUAGGCCAUACUGAAAAAGAAAUAAAAAGAAGAGAUGUUCCACAGACAGGCAGUAAGCCUCGCCCACUUCAUCCACCAAAUGAUGAUGAGGUAGUGGAGAGUCAUGAGGAGUUUAGAAAAGCUGAAAAUGAUGGGAAACAGGGGCUACAAAGGUGGGAUAAGGAAGUAGAAAGAGAAAAUCGUAAUGAACAAAUCGAACAUGAAGAAGAGGAUGAUGAAACGAAUCAAGAAAUGGACGAAGAGACAAACGCAAUGGUGAGACGGCUGCGCUUCCGGCGUCAGAUGGCUGAAGAGUUUCUAAACCAGCAGGCAGAGGAUCAGGGCAAAGCCAGAGAGCAAGCACCGAUAGAACCAGAAUCUCGAGGUCACAGCAACCUUGCAGCAACACUUCCUAACAGAAGAAAACAGAAGUUGAGAUUUGCAAGAGAAGUCAUUACCCCUGAGAAACAGAUCUGCUCUCAAGAAUCAUACGGUACGUGGCCUCAACGGGUUAUUGAAAACCAGAGGACAGAUGAUAUAAAUCUGAAAGCAUUCCCUGCCUUCUUCUCUCCAUCUGCAGCAAGUUAUGGCCGAAAAUCACGCAACCAAGCCCCAGAACACAAAAGAAGUCAUUUAGAAAUUAAUUUGGUGAUUAGAGAUAAAGAGGAAAAUCCAAAGUCAAACAUCAUCAGAUCUUCAACUGUUAAGCCGCAACAGGUGGAGACCUCUGAUGAGUAUCCCAGAAGUGACCAUGACUAUGGGGGUUCCCGGCUUAAGAAAAUUUCUCCGAAGUCAGACACCUCUAGAACGCCUCAGAGAAAAAAGAAGACAGGAGGGAGAGAGGUGGUAGAGCCAACUGCUUCCAGUAAAUUUGGAAAUAGUGAGCAUGAAGUGCAACCGAGAUUACCUCCGAAAAAUCAGAGUGAAAGGGGGAUAAACCGCCUUACUUAUAUCCGGGAUGAGGAGAAGCAGCAGUGCUAUUGCACUGAUACAAGUUCAACUGUAACAAACACAGACUCAGUGGGUCGGCGUGUGAGACGCAUAAAGAAGAAAGCACUUGCAGUGCAAACAGAAGAAGCUGUUGUUGACUGCCAGUGUGCUCAAGAGGAAACAAAAGUGGAGGUGGAAGGGAAAGGGGAUAGAGCAAGGGAAAUAACUGCCUUGGGAAGCGGUCCCCCUGUAGCUGAGGGUGAGCACAAGGAGUCAGGUGCCUCCCAGACAGAAGUCACAUCACUUCGCAGGAAACGAAGUGUAAAGAGAAGGUCUAGGUGUAUUCAGGCAGAUCUUUCUCUUGAAGAUCAAAGCGAGGCAAUGCGUUCUCAAGAAACCAGUCAGUUGCCAAAUAACAGUGCGAUGUGUACUCCCUCAGUCCCCACUGAAAUAGAACAGUUUAAAGGUAAUGUGGAUAAGGACGAAAAUGAACAAAGAAGUGGCACACUUUCCAGCUCCAUCCGGAGGAUGAAGAAGGUACGGAAAACUGUGGCAACCACUCAAACAGAAGAAAACGCAUUGCUUGAGGAUGGCCUCUUCAUACCACCAACCUUCCAGCCAGAUUCGGUCUCCAUCCGAACCAGUUCCCUGCGCCGCAUCCGAAGGGCCCAGAAGGCUACUGUGGCAGUGCAGACUGAUGACGUCAUUCCUGUAUGUUUUGAGAAUCUUCAUCUCUCUCUGAUGGACUUCAAGGGCGAGCAGCCACUUGCAGAUUCGCUUGGGCUUCCUCGGCACUCAGACUCACUCAUAUACAUGAACAUCCCUGCAGCCCUCCUUGAGGUGGUGGAAUCUGGAAAUGAUGCAGAUGUAAGUGACAGUGAGGAAGGUGAUGGUGAUGCACGGGAUAAGGAUAGUGAAGAUGAGGAUUUCAGGAUAUAUAACAAAGUUGCAGAAGAGGAUUUCGACACUGCAUCACAUGUCAUUACUAGACUGUCUCCAGGGGACGUGACGGUGAAAGUAUGCAGUAGAAGGAGUAGUUACGCAGAGGCCUACAAGGGCCAUGAUGAAAAUGUUUGUCUCUUGCCCUGUGAGAGCGACGUGAAGGAGGGGGAUGAGGCUCCACAAGACAGCGAAGGCGCAGAAGAAGCCGAAGACGCAGAAGAGGAGGUCAGGAGAGAUCUUUUCCUGCAAGGUAGAGAAAACCAGAGUAGCAGAAAAAUCCAUGAAUUAGAUACAGAAGAAGAUAAUCUCUGCUCAGAAGCUCACGACAGAGAUAUAGAAGAUUCCGAAAGUCAUGUUGAUAAUGAAGGUGAUGACGAAGACGAAGAUAAUGAUGAAACUGCCGAUAAUGACGAAGAUGAUGGUGAUGAUAAUGAUGAUGAUGAUGAUGUUAAGGAUGAUGAUGAUGAUGAUGAUGAUGAGAGUGACAAAGAUGAUAACAAUAACGAAAAUGAUAACUAUGAGCAAGAUGGUGAUCAUGAAGAAUAUGAAUACGGCCAGGAAUAUUCUGAAAAUGAUAGUGCACUGAAUGACAGCCACAUAGAGGGAGAGCAAGAUGACAGAGAAGAUGUUGAAGAAGACACAGAACAAGACGAAAAAGGGGAAAACAAAGCCCCGAGACCCAUACUUGAGCAUGUUGAUUCUUGUACCCAAACAGUGGAAGAGGAUGACUGGCCAGAGAUUGAAGAAGGGAAGCAGGUAAACGGUACAGAAGAAAAGAGAGAAGAACAGAGCCAGGAGGAAGAGAAUGAGGACGAAAGUGAGGAAGAGGAGAAACUCGACGAUACAGAGGAUGCAGAAAAUGUAGAUAUAGAAACAAGGCCGGAAGAAUCAGUGGAUAAAAGAGAAAACACAAAAGGGGAUAAACAUGAAAAUGAAAAAGAAAGUAUAGGUUAUAGUGACAGAGAAGAUGAUAACGAAGGGGAUGGGAAGGAAAGAGAUGAGAGUAUGAAGGAACUUAGCGCUAAAAGUGGAAAGAUAUACAGCAAGCAAUCACUGAAAAGUGAGAAUUCUCCAGCAUGCAAAAAUGGGGAGGAGGACAAAAGUCAGAUGGGAAGAGAGGGAGGCAAAAGCAAAACCAAAGAAAUUUCAGAAAGCACGAAAAAUGAAAUUACCUGGAGAGAAAGUCUAGCAAGAGACGAAGAGGAAGAGAAGACAGGAGUGCCCAAAGACGGCUGGAUGUGGCAACAGGUGAAUGAUGAAGAAGUAGAAAGCAAUGGGACGACGGAAAGCGAGGUGACGGCGGAUGCGGCCCAAGAGAUGGAGACAGAGAAUCCGAGACGAGAAGGAGAAACCGAUAAUCAAGAAUUAAAAAAGGCGAAGAACCGAAGUGAUAAUAAGCCUGACAUUUUGAAAGAGUUGAAUGAGCAUAAAGAGAAAAACGAAGAAGUAGUAACGGAUGUGGAAAUGACGAAUAAGACACAUGAAGACAAGAAAGAGAAAACAGAGAUAGACGAAGGAAUUCAAAAGGAAAAGAGGACAAGAGUUAGACAAGGAUCAGGCAGGGAAAAGGUAGAGGUAGAACCAAGAAAGAAUGAUGAAGGGAAAGGAAGAAAGAAGGCAAUGAAAAUACCAGAAGAUGAUGAAACAGGGAGAACAAACGUUGAAAAGGGAAGCAUGAGCAGGAAGGAAGGUAGAGAAAUAGGGAAAGAGGAAAAAAACGAAAAACAAAAUGAAGCCGAGAUACAAAAAACAGACGAAGGCGAAAUCGUGAAAGAGAAAAAUGGAACGGACACACAAGUAGAGGAUAUGCCAAAUGAAGAAAAGACUGACAGACACACAGAAGGAAGAGGCGGUGCACUAGAGAGCGAAGUCGAGGGGACAAGGGAGAUCGACGAAGGAAAGAGAGAAACCCGAGGAGGGAGAGGGAGAAGAGUCUUUACACCCCGACAGAAAUUCAGCGAGAAAAGAUCAAAGCAUGAAAAGGGAGACUUCUCUCUGACCGACGAUGUCCAAGUCGGAAUUAUAGACGAAGAUGCUUCAUCAGGGCCAGCUGCCAAAGAAGAAUCAGCUGAUAGAAAUGUAACACCUACUAAAAACGACGGGCCUUCCGGAAGGAAGCCAGUUGCGGGUGUGAAACACGACGAAGAAAACGGUGGUUCACCUGAAGUCCAUGUGGAAGAAGCAUGUACUGAAUCUGAGGCACAAACCUCCUCCCGAAAUGUAAUACUUUUUGAAGAGAAACCAGCGGCUGUGAGAGAAGAGGGUUUGGACACUAGAACAGAAAUAGAACCCGUUGAUAACUUUUCUGAACCAGAGGCAGAGACAAAGAGUGAUGCCCAAGAAAUGAGCUCCCUCUCGCAGGGCGAACCGGAGUGCGAAACGAAAAUAAAGGUCAAAGAAGGGGAAGAAACAAAAACAACUGACAAUGAAGAAGGAAUGAGGAAACGAGAAUCAGACUUUGAAGAAAGCUCAGAAGUCAAUAUAUCUGCCAAUGAAGAGGAUGAGAAAGAAAAUGAAGAAAUGACACAUAUUAAAACUAAUACAGAGGAGGAGAGAGAGGUAGAUCAUAUUCAAGCGGAAGACACAAAGGAAAUGACAAUAGAUGAGGAUCAACAGAGUGAUGAAAAUGAAUCAAACAUGCAAGCUGUAAAAGCAACAAUGGAAGUCGAGACUACUGAUGAAUCAGAAAAGAGGGAAUCGUGUACCGUAGAGAAGGAAGACAGAGAGCAACUGAAAAUAACAGGAAAAGAAGAUGCCAGAGACGUUAUACCUGGCAAAGAAAUGACAGAGGAAACUGCAGCAGACCCUGUGUUAGCUGACCAGGAAGACUGGGGAGAAAGGUUGGAGACAGCCUCAAGUAGGAAGGAAGAGGACGACCUGGCGCCACUCAAGCUGGCAGAGGGCUCAAGGGACACCUUUGCCGAAGACGACGAAGAGUGUAUCGUGAUCACUUACCGGCCACCCCAGAGGGCGGUGCUAAAGGGGAGGCCGAGGGAGGGCGCGGGCGAGAGAGGAGAAGCAGACGGCGCUGACCGGAGCCCCAGCGCUUCGCGGCGAACAGACGAACAGGGCGAUGACGGGAAAGAAGUUAGUAGUAAAGAAGGGGAAGAGGCAAAGAGAAAGAAAACGCGAAGAUCAAAGAGGAAGAAAGUGAAAGAGGGAAGUGAUGCAAGUAAGAAGGAGGGUGAAGAGACACAUGUGAGCGAGAAAGAUAAUGUGGGUCUGAAGGGCGAAGAGAAGAAGAAAAAACGGCCGAGACAAAGAAAGAAUAAAGCUGAGAAAGAGAAAGUACCGCAAACAGACUUAGAGGAAGCUAGCAAGAAUGAAGUUCAAGAAGGAGAAGAUCGAGCAACUGAUCAGGAAUCACAAUCCUCAGCACAUCCUCCGACUCGACGAUGGGUGGAGGAAAUGGACGAGGGGGGGCUUGGCGAGUGGGGCGAGGAGAAGAAAGAGGGGGAUGGAAGGAAGGGUAAUAGGGAGGAAAAAGGCACGGGCGGCGCGAGUCGAGUGCCUGCGAGGAAUCCGCUGCCAGAAGUCAAGGCAGGGGAAGGCCCAACUCUGGCUGUGGAGGAGGACUUCUUGACAGAGUCUGACGCCCUCGAGACGGAGGAGGACACGUCAUUCUAUGAGGAGGAAGGAGAAGGAUCGAGCCGUUACGAGAUGGAGAGUGAGGAGGGAGGAGAAGGAGGAGGGGAACAGAAUGCGUUUGAGGAGUACCUCAUGCUCCAAGAGGGCCAAUGUCUCGAGGAGAUGCAGACCGUUGAUCGCAUCUUCAGGCAAGUCUUUGAGGACUACAACGACGGCGAGUUUCUUGGGGAGGGGGAGGUGUCCGAAGGAGAAUGCGAGGACUCCCUCCACUUCCUAGGGAGUGGGAGGGGAGGGGAAGGAAGAGCACGAGGGAAAAGCAAAACGGUUACCGGUGUCCGAGUUGAGGGCGAUGGCUGUCCUCCUCCUCCACCUCCAUCUCUCACUCCUCCCCCCUGUCUCAUCACCCCCCCUCCUCCGCCUCCGCACUCCCCGGUCACCCCUCGAAAGGGUCGCGGAGCGGAGCUGAAGGUUUCUGGCCCGAAAGAGAAAAGAGUCGCAUCCUCAGAACUCGAAGUCGAGUCCAAGAAUGAUCUCGAUGUCCAGUCCAGCCGCACUUCGGUUCCGCCAGGGGCUGAGGUGAUGCAAGAGAAGUUGAAACGCUCGAGCAUGCGGACUCAAGCCACGCAGACCGACACCAGCGCGGGGAGGAAAUCACUGCCCACCUUAGCGCUCAGUCCCCGCAGCGAAAAGGCUGAGAUGGUUUCCCAAGGCGCGCAGACCAACGGCAACGGCGUCCGCCGGAAGCUGAUCAAGAGCUUCUCGGAGGCGGCGCACUACGAAGGUCUAGAGUACGAGAUCUACGACCUCGACGACUUUAUCGAGCCUCCCCUGCCCUCCCGCGCCGCGUCAGAGGGGCCUCCGCCUUGCCCUCCGAGGUAUUCCCCUUACGACGACAUCCCACUCGAGGAUGGCCCGGCGCCGCCUCCGCCGCUCAAGUUCCGACAGAAUUACCACGAGAUCUUCAUCGACUCGUCGCCGAGGAAGCCGCGCCGGAGACUGCAGAAGACGCUCUCGGAGGGCGAGAUCCUCUCCGAGCGGCGGAGGGCCCUUAGCAUGGCCUCGGGCUACCUGGAGGUGGACAUCAAUGGCUUUAGUGGUAACGAGGAGGAGGUUAUUGAACCCCAGUGUGUCGACGAAUGUUCCCGCGAUCUCUCUCGAAGCAGAAUCUUCAGUCAUCCCUCGCUCUUGGAGGAAGAGGAAGAGGAAUUCCACGAGAAUAUGUUCCACAAGGAGAUCUUACCUGCCUCCCUCUCCCCAGAGAGGAAGAUGUCCCAAGUGUCCACCGAUUCUGACCUAAAGACUUUUGACCCCAAUGAGUUCCGGACGGAAGAGCACCUCCUGAGUCAGCUGGCCGCUCUGUCCUCCGACUCCCUUGGGGAGAGUGGAACCUCCAUGUUUGAGAGCGGUGGCAUCCCCGAGGGGCUGCUCAUGAGGGAUGGUUCGCCCUUACCCUUUGCUAGCACAUCCAAUGACCUUGUGAGUCCAGUUGAGUUCGGGGACCACUUUGAGGAGUCCAUGAGCGAAAGUCAGGUUACGGUGGUCCAGCGGGCCUUGGCAGCCUCGUCACAAGUCAUCACUUCAGAUUCGGAGAACGGAAGCUUCCAUCUGACGGACCACUCCUCUGCAGCCACCACGCCUUCCACUCGCCACAAGAGCCUCCCUGCUGCCGGCAGCUUCGAGGAGGACAUGGACGAUGAGCUUCCUCGGCUGCGCAUGUCAGGCAAAGUCCACAGUAUUACCACUCUUUCAUCCAUUGAGGACGAGCCGACAAGCAUCAGUGAAAACGUCAUAUCAGAGGGUUCCCAUGACGUCGUCUCCACUAGCACCACGUCAAGUGAAGUUGACAAGGCCAUUGCCAGCUCCACUGACAGUGACUUCACUUCCAUCCGCAGUGGAGACUCCAUGACAAUAAAGUCGGAAGCACUGGAGGAAGGCGAAUUUGAAGGAGACAUUGUGAUUGAAGAGAAUAUAAUGGCGCGCUUAGUACAGGGAAUGAGAGCUGGGGAUAUUCCACACCAAUUCAUUAUCAAAUCCUCGGAUUUUCGAGAUGAUCUGAGGAAGCUUGCAUCACCCGAGUCAGAUUCCUCCAGCAGUCAUUUCACUGAACAAGAAACGUCAAGGAGCCCGGUAUCGGGCACAACCAAUACCAUUACAUCCAAGUCUGACCUGUCACGCACAGACUCACACCAAACUGAUCAGUCAGAAACCUCCGAAGACUACAUUACGGCCACAGAAAACAGCAUGAAUGGCCAAGAAGCUCGACGUAGCUAUUACUAUGAGGAAAGGCAUGUGUCCUCUCCUCCAGAGAUGGAUGACAUCUAUGAAGAUGAAGCUUUGACCCCCAAAAUACUUAGCCCCGAAGCUAGCGAGGUGUUAGGAGAUUUGCUUGAGACACAAGAAAUUAGUGAUAUCACUGAAGGCCUAAGUGUAACUAGUGACUUUGAGACGGCUCAGGACCUCACAUCUCCUGAUGGCGACACUACCACCUCAGCUAGUUAUUAUAUCGAGCAUUCUAUAGGCGAAGAAUCAGAAAAGUUAUUCCCUGAAGUCAAAACAAAGCCAGAAGUACCCCCAAAGCCAGCCUUUUUACCUAAACCAGAAAUACCACCAAAACCUGAGAGGCUUUCUCCAGCGCGAGAGACCUCUGCUCAGGGGGAAGAGCAAGAUGAAGAGACGCCUCAAGAUGAAACACCUCCUCAGUUUCCAGAAAUUCAAGUCGAAAUCACAGUGAAGAGGAGAGAAAAGCCUGUUGAGGAGAGCAAGACAGGGGCAAUUAAAAAGAGAUAUUCUGGUGGUGGUAAAGUAGCUAAGGACGACAAUAGAAGAUAUUCAAAGUAUUUUGAAGAUAAUGAGCAAGGGGAGUUGUCAGAAGUAAAGGGACAGAACCAGCAAUCUUGGUCAGAAGAAGAGAGAGAAAAGGCAAAACAGACAAUGAAACUGGAUUUUCCUCCAGGUGUUACAAUGUUUGGAGAGGCUCCAAACUGGCCUGUGCCUGACAAUCUCAAGACUGGAGAAGUAGAAAAGAAACUAAAAGUGUUUGAUAAACCCAAGAAGUCUGUAAAAAUCGACCUUGCCAGUGUUGAAGACCUCCAGGCCAAGUCAAAGCCUGAAAGUCCUCAGGCAAAAGAUAAAGUGAAUGAAACAAAGCAAGUUCCUGCAAAAUAUGACAAAGCCAAACGUAAAUCUGAUGAAGUAACUCCACAAGGAAUGGUAAGGAGUCCUGCAAUGCAUGAAGGAUUUAGACUAGAAGACUGGACACCUGUCCGGACUCCAGGAACUCCUGAAAGAGCCUUGGAUUUUGAUACGUCGGAUGAAUCCUGUUCUGAACUACCUCGACAUCCACCAAAAUCUCGGAGUCCGGGGAAAAGGGCAAAAGAAGCCAGUGGAAAGAAAUUUGGAAGCCCAGGCACUGAAAGUGACCUCACAGCAAAGCAAGCAAGUGAAAAACAAAGUCCAGGGAAAACAAUAGAGACCUCUAAAGAUUAUGAAGAAACAAGAGGAAGCCCACCAAAGCAAGUGAGACAAAGUCCAGGGAAGACAGAAACAAAGCAGCCAAGUCCAGUUCGCGAAACUAUCACCAGCAGAACUGAAAUCUCGCGAGUGCAUUCCCAGGAAGUACUCUUGCGCCACCCUCCUGCUGGCGUCCACACAUCAGGAAGUGAUCCAAAGAAAAGGCUUAGUGAAAUAUCCAUCGGUUCAACACCAGAAGUUACAGAUGUUCAGAAGCGACACUCAGCUGAGAUCCUCACACGGAAUGUAGAGAGUCAGGACCACCUGAAACCCAAGGGACCUGUAACAGGCUACUUAAGAGCAGGCAGUCAGAGUCCCACCUCAAGAGAGAGACCUCUACAGCUGCCAGAAAACAAGCUCCUCACUAUCGCUCCCCUGAAGGAUGCGAGGAAGAGUGCAGAGUCCUUGCGAUCACUGAGUCCAGGGUCUGACAACGUGUUCCUCAGUGGCAGCAGAGAACAGCUCGAGGACGACUCCAGGGGCAGCCUGUGUGUGCAGUGCGGAGAGAGACCAGCGUCCAGAGAGGGUACCCUCAGACCGUCGCCUCCUUCAGGACACACGAUCACUGUGGAGCGCAGACUGUCUGACAGGGAGCCUUCUCGAACCAGGGGAGUCAGUCACCGUGCCAAGUCCGAAGAGAGGAACUCGUUCUCAAGGGAUUGGGGGGUCACGCCCAUCAGCCUGGAAGUGGGAGACGCGCCCAGACACGACAGCGAUGAUGACGAAAUGGGCGUGUACAUGGACGCCUACAGGUCCUUCUCGUGGGUGUACGUCGCGCCCCACGAAGAAGCUAAGGUCUGGCAGCGCGACGAAGGGCGGCCAACAUCCGGGUCUCCAGACUUGCGGAUCCCGGGCUUCGAGGACGCCGCCGACCUGCCGCCCAAGCAGGAGGACGAGACGCAGGCCGAGAGCGAGGCUACGCAGGCAGUGGAGGAAAGAGGGCGCCGCGGAUCAACCGAGUCCACCGCAAGCGAGCAGGAGUUCCGGCGGAAGUACCAGGCCAUCACCCACCGCAUGGUACAUCGGAAGGCGUCGGUGGAGAUGUACAAGCGCCUCAUCCAGGCCGCCUUCCCGUAUGUUCUAGUCUUUGUCUCCAAAAUAUACGG